AUGUUAAAUAACAACACCACUCACAGUAAUAGCAACACAUCACAAGGUGAAACUCACAUCACCUAUAUGGAAACUAAUACCCACGAGUCGUCGAUCCCAAAAAUCUGCAUUCUUGGAGCAUCAGGAUUUACUGGUAAAGUUGUGGUUGAAAUUUUGUUGGGCUACUCCAAUUUCCAACUGACAUUAGUGGGUAGAAGUGUCUCCAAACUUGAGCAAGUGACAGAGGAAUUGCUAAGAAAGCAUAAUCAUAAAAUCAGAGACGACAUUAACAAACAAAACGUUCGUGAUAGAAUUUCUCUGAAGGAGCUUGAUGUUGAGAGAUGUUUGACAGGAUAUCAUGACAAACUCGAGGAAGCAUUGAAGAACCACACAGUCCUCAUCAACACUAUACCUCCGUUCAGAGAAAAAGAAAAAACCUUAGCAUUGGGAAGGAUGAUGAUAAAGUUAGGUAUUGACUACAUAGACCCACAUAUGAAUCCUGCAACAUUGAGUAUCUUUAAGGAGCUGCAUUCUGAAGCAGUCAAAAGCAAUACAACCAUCAUUAGUCAGUCUGGAAUGUAUCCAGGCCUCGAGGCUUUGUUGACACGACACACUCAAAAGUACAUUCCACAUUUAACUCAUGCGAAUGUAGUCAUCAUGACCAGGGAAGAAGGUGGUCUAGGUAUCACAAGUGGAGUGGCAGAUGUGGCUGAUUUCAUGAAAGUGACAGGUUCAAAGAUCAUGAAAGAUGGCAAAUGGCAAGAAGACAACUCUUUUUCGAAAAAGUUUCAUCUUGUAACAGUUGACACAACUCUGAACUGUUAUCCAUUGGAGCUUGAAGAAAUGAAGCAGCUUAAUAUUCCAACACUAAAGAAUAUGGGAGUAUAUGUUUCAGAGAUGGGUCUCUUUGCAGAUUCGGUGAUGCUUGCUCUACAAUUGAGCACAAAGUACUUGUCAUGCCUUGCUGAUCCAUUGACAAAUUUGCUCGCGUAUGCAACAAGCAAAAUAAGGGAGCCAUUCGGUUCAGCAGUUCAAGUGGAGACAACUGAUUGUGUGAGUGGAGAAAAGAUCACUCUCUCAUUAUACCAUGAAAAGACGUAUUAUUUGACGGCAGUUUCCAUGAUUGCUGUUGUAGAGCAAUUGAUUGAAAGUAGAAAUGGAGUAAGAAAUCCAGGAGUUCAUUAUGCAUCAAUCUAUGCUGAUCCAACCUUAUUCAUUGAAUCAUGCAAAAACAAGGGAGUAAGAUAUGACCACGUUUCGAAAUAG